CGAGUUUUGAGAUGUUUGGGCCUCGCGCGCGCCAAUUAAUCGAGGGCAGCGCUGCCCCAGCACCACGCCACCAUGGGCGAGCCCCAGCCCCUCGACGCCCAGUCGACGAAGCUCGUGCUAAUUGCGUUGCUGCGCGCCGUGAGCCGCAUGAAGGGCGUGCUGGAGGAACCGGACCGCGCAGUACUAAAAGACAUGGUCGUCGACGAACCAUUAAGGCCGGAAUUGUUGCGGAUUGGGAUUAGGAUGGCGAUCCUCGACAACGAUCCCCGCUCGGGAUCACCGGAGGACGACCAAGUGCACCUCGCGAAACGGCGCGACCUCCUCAAAGAGAUGUGGGACCUCUGCAAAGGGGCCCAAGAGUCGUCGGACGGCGAGUACGAGGACGAUUAUGAGAGCGAAGACGACGACGACAUGAUGAUGCCGGACGAGGACGCGGUGCGCGACGAGCAAGCCGAUAGUACCGCGGAGCGGGACGAGGAGGAGGCGCGGCAGGCGCAGGUGCGCGAGAUCGCCGCUACCGUCGCGAAGCAGAAGGAGCUGCUCGCGCAGAAGAUGCGCCUCGUUGAGGAUCAGCUGUCGCGGCUGACGGCGCUGAAAUCGGAAGCCGAGGCGCGGAUGCGGCAGGCGCAACAGGAGGCGGAGGACGAGGACGACGGCGAGGACGAGGAGACGGACGAGGAGGAGGGGUCCGUCGAGGAGGAGUCCUGGGACGAGGACUCGGACGAGUGGGACGACGACGACUUCCAGGAGUUCGACCUGGACCGCGACGCGGACGAGUAGGGUUUCGCUAAGUAGUCUCUCGUGCACUCGCGUCGGCGGCGUGCCGCUCGUUUUUGUCGUUACGGUGCUGGGACUCGUGGGCGGCGCCCCAGCCCAGGGCUGGGGAGGAGACACCGCGCGUCGCCGGCGCGUGCCGCGUCUUUCAUAACAGCAUACCUCUUA